GCGCUAAACCAGCUUACAGUUAUAACUUAUAAAAGCCAAAAAUUAAACACUUUAACCCUAAUUUUUGUGUGUGGAGAAACCGCCAGUUCCACCCACCACAGUGGUGCUAUCGCUUCCUUGCAUUGCAGGCGGACGGCGGUUACAGGUAGUGGUUGUUAAGUUGCUUCUAACUAGGGUUCACACUCUCCCUUUCUUCUCAUUCUCAUGGCCUUAUCACUUCAAGAAGAAUCUGUAAUCCUUCGUUUCUACCGGAUUAUCCUCAGUUGGAAUUGCGUUACUCUUCUUACCGAGAAUGGAAGAACCCCGAAACUUGUGAAGGUGAAAGAUAAAUACAAAGAUGUGGAUGAUUAUAUUUCUACCUAUGAGCCUCUCAUUUUUGAAGAGGCUAAAUCUCAAAUUAACAGAGGCCUAGAGGAACAACAAGAGGGGGCUGAAUGGAAGUUUGGGGUGGUAAAAAGCUACUCCGAGUCAGAUGACUUUCAUUUUCUAGAAUUUCCUUGUGAAUUGGAAGAGGGAGAAUCAAUACCCCAGAAUGAUUUGUUACUGAUUUCAAAUAAAAAGUAUGUGAGUAACGAAAAUACACACACAUUUGCUUUGGUGGAAAACGUGCGGAAAUUUCCUGAAGCAAUACUUGUUCGAGUCAGACUCUAUCUAACUGGAGAAUUGUUACGGUCUUAUAUAUGUGAGACAGGGAGGCAAUUGUAUUUUAUGAAGGUGUCCAAUUUAUCUACCAUUGCUCGUGAGUAUGUGGCUAUAAGAACAAUAAGCAUUCUCCCUUUCAAGGAUUUAAUAUUAAAUGCCGCUGGAGAGGAUUUUGGUACAGAAACCGAGGGAUGGAAAAUUCCAUCAGCUUUGAAGGAGUAUGUUGAAGGUAGUUUCAAUCAAUAUCAACGUCAGGCGAUAACAGCUGGUUUAUCAUCAAAAGCCUUUGUCCUGAUACAGGGGCCUCCGGGUACUGGGAAGACUCAGACCAUACUUGGGAUUCUGAGUACCAUUUUACAUGCAACUCCAACAAGAGCAGAUUCAAAGAAUGGGACCUACGAGCUAAAGCAAAGGCUGCAAUUACCUAUUGAGGAGAAACGUAGACAUUGUAGAUUGGCGUCUCCAUGGUUACAUAGCAUUAAUCCAAGGGACAGUCUGAUGCCAAAAGACGGCGAUGAUGGUUUUUUCCCAACUACUGGAAAUGAUUUAAAACCUGAAGCUAUUACUUCAACUCGUAAGUAUCGUGUAAGAGUUCUAGUAUGUGCCCCAUCAAAUUCUGCUCUUGAUGAGAUUGUGUUGCGGGUUCUCAGUGGAGGUAUCCACGAUGAAAAUGACCGAGCUUAUUGCCCGAAAAUUGUUAGGAUUGGUCUCAGAGCACACCAUUCUAUCAAAGCUGUUUCCCUGGACGAACUUGUGAAAAAAAAACGCGCUAGUGCCGACAAAUCAUCCACUGAUAAGCAGAGUAAUGCUUCUGCAGGAAGCAAUGAAGAGAGUAUCAGGGCUGCAAUUUUGGAUGAGGCUACAAUUGUCUUUUCCACCCUCAGCUUUAGUGGUUCACAUAUUUUCAGUAAACUAAGUCGGAACUUUGACAUAGUGAUUAUAGAUGAAGCCGCACAAGCAGUGGAACCUGCAACUCUUGUUCCCUUGGCCAAUAAGUGCAAAAAAGUAUUUCUGGUUGGUGAUCCAGCUCAACUUCCAGCAACUGUAAUUUCAGACAUUGCCAAGAAUCAUGGAUAUGGCACAAGCUUAUUUGAAAGACUGAAGCAGGCUGGCUAUCCCAUUAAAAUGCUGAAGACACAAUAUCGAAUGCAUCCUGAGAUUAGAAGCUUUCCGUCAGAGGAGUUUUAUGAAAACUCUUUGGAAGAUGGGGAUGGCGUCAAAUUACAGACAGUACGUGACUGGCACGAGUACCGCUGCUUUGGCCCAUUCUCCUUCUUUGACAUACACGAGGGAGAAGAAGCUAUGCUCACUGGGAGUGGUUCGUGGAUAAAUGUUGCGGAAAUUGAUUUUGUCCUACUCUUGUAUCAAAAAUUGGUAACGCUUUAUCCGGGACUCAAGUCAGGCAACCAAGUUGCAAUUAUAUCACCCUACAGUCAACAAGUCAAACUCUUCCAACAACGUUUUGAAGAGACUUUUGGUGUGUCAGCAGAGAAAGUAGUGGAUAUAUGUACCGUUGAUGGUUGCCAGGGCCGUGAAAAGGACGUCGCCAUAUUUUCAUGUGUCAGAGCAAGCAAAGAAAGAGGUAUAGGGUUUCUGGAAGACAUCCGACGAAUGAACGUUGGGAUCACUAGAGCAAAGUCUGCGGUGUUGGUGGUUGGGUCUGGCUCAACUUUGAGGAGGAGUGUACCAUGGAACAAGCUUGUGGAAAGUGCUGAGAAAAGGAACUGUUUAUUCAAAGUGUCUAAACCAUAUAGCUCAUUCUUAAGUGAUGGAAAUCUUGCGUCCAUGAAAGCACGGACGGAUAAACCGCCUCAGGCGAUAGAUGAUGUAGUAAACAAUGAUCAUCCAAUUGACAACUAUGCACAACAGAUUGAUCAAAUGCAACCUGAGGAUAAUGAUUAUGGAGAUGCUGAUGCUGAUGCUGACAUGGGUUAUGGAGGAGAUGAUGAUUAGGAUUAGUAGUUUUAGAUAUUUGAAUUUUGUAUAGAUGAGCAGAAAGGUUCUAUUUAUGAAAUUUACUAGGACUAAGGUAAAUUGUUAACUAGAUUAGACACUCCGAUCAA